GAUCAGCUCAGCUAGCUCUCUCCCUCUCUCCUCUAACAUCCAUCCAGCUCCUUUAUCUCUCUCUGCUGCUGCAUCAUUUCUAUCAGCUGCUGGUGAGGCUGAUGAUGUGGUGUGAAGAUGGAGGCUCCUGAAUACCUGGACCUGGAUGAGAUCGAUUUCUCUGAUGAUUCAGUGUAUUCUGUGACGUCUUUGAAGAGCAUCCCAGAGUUGUCCAGGAGGAGCGAUGGCCAGGCUGAGGAGAGACCAGCUCCAGCCAUCAACUGGAGCCGCGGUGUUUCCUCUCACAGCGGAGGGGGAAUCAAACCCACGGGGCUCGCUGAGGUGCACAGUAAGUUCCGGCCGGUGAAGAGAGUCUCGCCUCUCAAACACCAACCGGAGACCACCGACUCAGACUGCGAUGGGAAAGUCCAGAGUCAGGGAGAGCCGGGGGAGGACAGUAAAGACGACCCCAAACCGACUCACGCCUCCUCCUCCGACGGUCCGGGAGGGAAGGCGAAGAGCAGCGUGGGGGGCGGCGUGGGCGUUGUCGGGGGCAACAACCACCAGGCUCUGUUUGGGGAGCUGGAGCACUAUGAUCUGGACAUGGACGAAAUCCUGGACGUGCCUUAUAUCAAGUCCAGUCAGCAGAUGUCCACGCUGCCUCGCGUCCCCCACGACAAGCGCUCGGUGUCGGGGAGCAACCUGAGCGGAGGAACCCUGGAGAGGAACCGCGGAGGAGGGGGGCUGAAGAGCGCAGCGUUACCCCACAACGAGCCUCUGAGCCUGGGCAGCAGCAGCUCUCAGACUCCGUACUGUGUUCUGUCUCCGGUGAAGUGGUCCGACCUCAGGAAGUCUAAGUCCAUGGAUCCAGAUCUGCACCUCCUCCAUCGCUCUCCUGCUGCAGGGAGCUACCAGGCAGAGCUGCACUCCUCCUCCAGCCUCCUCAGCUGCUCCUCCUCUCUCUCCUCCUUCUCUGAUGCAGAUAAGCUGCUGUCAGCGAGGGUUUUCCCAGACUCUCAGAGCCAGAGGAGCGUUGAGCCUGCCGGCGGGGCGGCCAUGAUGUUCCCUCUGCCUGGCUGCAGGCAGGACGGCUCCAAAACCUGGACUCCUGGAUCAGGAGGAGGAGGAGGUGCAGGAGGAGGAGGCAGCGGUGGGCCGAGGGGGUUUGGUGGUGGAGGAGCAGGAGGAGGAGAAAUGGACGAGGAGACGAAGAAGAACCAAAACAUCAUCAACAUCGUCAGAGAGGGACAGAUCUCACUGCUGCCUCACCUUGCAGCUGAUAACUUGGAGCUGAUUCGGGACGAGGACGGUAACAACCUGCUGCACAUCUCGGCCAGUCAGGGUCACGCUGACUGUCUGCAGCACCUCACGUCUCUGAUGGGCGAAGACAGCCUCAACGAACGCAACAACCAGCAGCUGACCCCCGCCGGCCUGGGAGUCAAGAACGGCCAUCUGGAGUGUGUCAGGUGGAUGGUGAGUGAGACGGAGGCCAUAGCAGAGCUGAGCUGCUCCAGAGAACAUCCCAGUCUGAUCCACUACGCAGGCCGCCACGGACAGGAGAAAGUCUUGCUGUGGCUGCUCCAGUUUAUGCAGGAACAGGCCAUUUCUCUGGAUGAAAUCGAUCAGAACGGAAACACAGCGGUUCACGUUGCAGCGCAGUACGGACACCUCACCUGUAUACAGACUCUGGUGGAGUACGGCUCCAACGUGACGGUGCAGAACCAGCAGGGGGAGCGACCCUCGCAGAGCGCCGAGCGGCAGGGACACACCACCUGCGCUCGCUACCUGGUCGUCGUGGAAACCUGCAUGUCGCUGGCGUCGCAGGUCGUCAAACUCACCAAACAGCUCAACGAACAGGCAGCAGAGAAGAUAGUUCUACAGAAACAGAUGCAGAGCCUGAUGGACCCGAAAGCAGAGGGGACACCUUCCAGAUCACCCAGUUCCCAUCAGCCCUCAGUGGACGCGUGGCCUGAGAUGAUGCUGACAGCGGAGGGGAUUCCUGGAGACGGUCACUGGUUGGUCCGUCAGGGAGGAGUUGGCCCGGACACUGUGCUGCGGCAGCUGCUGGGGAAGGACGCGCCGGAGAUGCUGUGUCCCAGAGAGAGGCUGCCUCUGGCGGGCGGCCUGAGCAGAGACCCGGGCCCCGCGGCCCCCGGCCCCCGCAGGACCGGGCUGGUGGAGCGGAGAGAGCUCAAACUGGCCAGACUCAAACAGAUCAUGCAGCGCUCUCUGAGUGAAUCCGAUUCAGACGGUUAUCCGCCGGAGGAAGGUAAAAGUCAAGCAGCCCCGCCCACUAACACGCUGCGACCUGAUAGGCCGUCUCACCUGCCAAUCACAGAGGAGGAGCCAGCGUCCAAUCACCUCCCGCUGGUGAUGAAGAAGAACCUGCCCCCCACCUCUUCCUCGGCAGCAGAGAAGAAGCAGGCGUUUUCUGCCAGCGGGUCAAAGUCGGUGGACGGCGGCGGUUACAACCCGUCCCCGACCUCCAGUGACCCCGACGCCGCCGACGGCAAAACGCCCGACGCCUCCGGCGACGCCCACGACGCCGCCAACGGCCAGAAAGUCGCCACCAGCCCGAAGAGCGCCCUGAAGUCUCCCUCCUCUCGCAGGAAGACGUCUCAGAACCUGAAGCUGAGGGUCACGUUUGACGAGCAGGUCCACAAGAGCUCCGGUCAGGAGGCGGAGCCGACGACCAAGGUGCAUCAUGGGAAGGAGAGGACUCCAACGGGAAGCUCUGAAAGCAAGCGUCCGUUCGGGGCGUUCCGCUCUAUCAUGGAGACGCUGAGCGGGAACACGAACCACAGCAACAACAACAGCAACAGCAGCAACAGCCAAUCGGGCGCCGCGGUGAAAUCGUCCAACUGUCAGAACUCACCUGGCAAGAAGUCGGAGAGUAAAAGCAGCACUGGGGGAGCCAAGGGGAAAAAUAAGAGCAGUAACGUUUAA